CGGGGCCGAACUGCCCGUCCCGCCCCCGGCCCCGGCGCUGCUCCCACCGCCCUGGCAACUGCCCCGGCCCACGGAGGCGGCUGGACGGACCCCGGACGGUCGUACGCACGGACUCUGUUCCGAAAGCAGAGUCUCACUCCGUCGCCCAGGCUGGAGUGCGAUGGCAAGACCUUGGCUCACUGCAACCUUCACUUCCCCGGUUCAAAUGAUCCUCCUGCCUCAGCCUCCGGAGUAGCUGGGAUUACAGGCAACCUGCCCCGUGCCAGGUGGGAAUGACGAAUAGGCACGUGCCGCUGGCUCAGGACAUUGGGGUCUGGCCACAAGCUUCUGCCCCGGGACAGCUGGUGCUCCAGACAUGCUCGAUGAGCCCCCGAGCCAUGGACAGCUUCAGCACCAAGAGCCUGGCGCUGCAGGCGCAGAAGAAGCUCCUGAGUAAGAUGACCUCUAAGGCAGUGGUGGCUGUGCUGGUGGAUGACACCAGCAGCGAGGUUCUGGAUGAGCUGUACCGAGCCACCAAGGAGUUCACGCGCAGCCGCAAGGAGGCCCAGAAGAUGCUCAAGAACCUGGUGAAGGUGGCCCUGAAGCUGGGGCUGCUACUGCGCGGGGACCAGCUGGGCGGGGAGGAACUGGCGCUGCUGCGGCGCUUCCGCCACCGGGCACGCUGCCUGGCCAUGACGGCCGUCAGCUUCCACCAGGUGGACUUCACCUUCGACCGGCGCGUGCUGGCCGCCGGGCUGCUUGAGUGCCGCGACCUGCUGCACCAGGCCGUGGGCCCACACCUCACUGCCAAGUCCCACAGCCGCAUCAACCACGUCUUCGGCCACCUGGCCGACUGCGACUUCCUGGCCGCGCUCUACGGACCCACGGAGCCCUACCGCUCCCACCUGCACAGGAUCUGCGAGGGCCUGGGCCGGAUGCUGGACGACGGCAGCCUCUGAGCCCCCCAGGGGCCGCCCGACCGCGCCCCUCGCGCCUGAUGGGGCUCCUCUGCUGGGUGUGGGGUUUUUUUCCCCACUUCUUUUCUCCCAGUCGGACUCCGGCCAGACCCCCCUAGACAGGUGGGUGACCUGUCCCCUUUGAGAGGACGCGGAGCCAUCUGUAUGUAGCAGCAGUUUCAAACGCCGAUGUCGCCUCUCCUCCCGGCCCCCGCCCAAUGGGGGAGGGAUUCGAGGCCCUACUCUGCGGACCACUGCCUCGCCAGGGCCCACCUUCCACUUCUGUUGUAUUUUCUGGGCCAGGCCGACCCCUGGGUUGUCUGAUGUAAGCCAAAAGCUGCUGCUUCGCACUUGAUGACGCUGCCUGGGGUUUUCCUCCUUUCGCCCAGGGACUGGGAGUUUACACAGCGAACUGGGGGAAGGCGUGUUAGGGGGCAAGCCAUAGCCCCCCAGAAUCCAUAAACUCCCGUCCUAACCCCGGGACCUCAGAAGAUGGUCUGAUUUGGAAAGAGGGUCACUACGGCUGGAAUGAGUUCAGAUGACGCCAUCUUGGAGUAGACCCACCCCAAUUCACUGACGUGUCCUUAAAAAGCGGGGGUUGGAUCUGAGUCACAGCACACAAAAAAAGGGGGGGUAAUUGGGCCACGUACGGUGGGUCACGCCUAUAAUCCCAGCACUUUGGGAGGCCGAGGCAGGUAGAUCACCUGAGGUUGGCAGUUCGAGACCAGGCUGACCAACAUGGAGAAAACUUGUCUCUACUAAAAAUACAAACAGCCAGGUGUGGUGACGCACACCUGUAGUCCCAGCUACUCGGGAGGCUGAGGCAGGAGCAUCGCUUGAACCCAGGAGGCGGAGGUUGCAGUGAGCCGAGAUCACGCCAUUGCAGUCCAGCCUGGGAGACGAGCAAAACUCCAUCUCAAAAAGCGCUAGCAAAUGCUGGCAUUGCUGGCAUCAAGGAUGCCUUGAUGAGGCCAGAGACCUCUGCCCUGGGUGGGGAGGGGAAACUGCUCCAAUCCAGGGACUGCCCCCUACCCCAGGGGUGAGGAGGAACCCACCUAAGAUGUGUGCACAUUCUAUUUAUUGUUUGAGACACAGUCUCACUGUUUCGCCCAGGCUGGAGUGCAGGGGUGCGAUCUUGGCUCGCUGUAGCCUAGAACUCCUGAGCUCAAGUGAUCCUUCCACCUCUGUCCCAAGUAGCUGGGACCACAGGUGUGCACCACCACACCCGGCUCAUUUUUCUAAUAGUUGUAGAGACAAGGUCUCACUGUGUUGCCCGGUGUGGUCUCAAACUCCUGGGCUCAAGCGAUCUACCUACCUCGGCCUCCCCAAGUGUGCAUAUUGUAAAAUCGUGAUUUCAUGUCUGGAGAAUCAGCAACUAACCAGCCAGCCAUGUUGCUUUUAUAAGCCAGACCCAAGGAAGCAAACCUCGGCCCAUCUUGGCUUCUGGGACCUCCCACAAGAUGUGAUUUCAGCUGGGGACAUGGAGGCGGCGUGUGGGGAGUCUAUUUCCCAUUUUUGUUUGUCAGAAGGGGGCACGGGUUCUCGAAGAUUGCAAAAUGCUGCCCCAGGUCGGGAAGGUUAUUUUGGGUGCCUGUUGGGGCGGGAAACGAGGUCCCAUGACUGUUGGGCAGAACCUGUCUGUGGAAGGUACAGGUUGUGAAGGGGCCCAUGGACCUUACUCGGUGAGAAGGUAGGUGUAGCUGGCUCCAUCCAGUAUUUGAGAAAUUUGGAAUUUGCCAGUUUUUAAAACGAGGAGAUCGCACACACCCGUCUGGAUUUGGAGAUUCUCUUGCAAACCUGCCCGUCGAGCCGCCUGAGCCUGCGCUGACCCCUGGUGAAGCUGUGUGGGGCCACCCGUCUCCCUUUUGCCACAGUCCUCUCCACUCCCUUUCGCCUCUCCCUGGCCUGCUGCACUCACCGAGAGGAAAUUCUGAGCCCACACUUGGAGCAGCCUUCCUGUGGUUUGGUUUCUUGCUUCUGCAAAAAGGCCAAAGGCUUUGGCCAGAGAGCCAGCUGUUCCUACCUCUAUCUACGCUUCCAAGGCAACCUUCUCAGCUUAUCUCAGACCGAGAUAGUUCUUCGAGGGCGUUUGCGCAUUCCGGUUUUCUCAUGGAGCCCCCGAUGGAAUCCUGGGCCGCUGAGACAUCAAUGUGCGUGCGUGACUGUCUGGGCCCCUGUUGGGCUGGCCAGCCUGUCUGGACUCUUGUAAAUUUGAGAUUUAAUUAAAGGAAACAAAGCAAACAGA